UCCGCUGGGAAGCAGCUGCAGCAGCGGGAGCCGAGCGGGAGCCGCGCAGCCGCCGCCGCCGCCGCCGCUGGGGGAUGUGGCGGGCGUCCGCCCCGAGCCGCGCCGUCUCCUGAGUGCUAAUCGCCGCCGCCGCCGCCGCCGCCGCCGCCGCCGAGUCGUGCGGGGCCAGGCCGCGCCCUCUCCGGGGCGCCCGCCGCCUCGCAUGCCGAAGGGCUCCGGGGCGUAGCUGCGCGCCCGGCGCCGUCUCCGGGCUCCCCCCCGGCCCCGCCAUGGGCUGCUGCAGCUCCGCCUCCGCCGCGCAGAGUUCCAAACGAGAAUGGAAGCCCCUGGAGGACCGUAGCUGCACAGAUAUACCAUGGCUGCUGCUCUUCAUUCUCUUCUGCAUUGGGAUGGGAUUUAUCUGUGGCUUUUCAGUAGCAACAGGUGCAGCAGCAAGACUAGUGUCAGGAUAUGACAGCUAUGGAAAUAUCUGUGGGCAGAGAAAUGCAAAGUUGGAAGCAAUACCAAACAGUGGCAUGGACCACACCCACCGGAAGUAUGUGUUCUUUUUGGAUCCAUGUAAUCUGGACUUGAUAAACCGGAAGAUCAAGUCUGUAGCACUCUGUGUAGCAGCAUGUCCAAGACAAGAAUUGAAAACCUUGAGUGAUGUCCAGAAGUUUGCAGAGAUAAAUGGCUCAGCACUAUGUAACUACAAUCUGAAGCCCUCUGAGUAUACCACAUCUUCAAAAUCUUCUGUUCUUUGCCCCAAACUACCAGUUCCAGCGAGUGCACCUAUUCCAUUCUUCCAUCGCUGUGCUCCUGUGAACAUUUCCUGCUAUGCCAAGUUUGCAGAGGCCCUGAUCACCUUUGUCAGUGACAAUAGUGUCUUACACAGGCUGAUUAGUGGAGUAAUGACCAGCAAAGAAAUUAUAUUGGGACUUUGCUUGUUAUCACUAGUUCUAUCCAUGAUUUUGAUGGUGAUAAUCAGGUAUAUAUCAAGAGUCCUUGUGUGGAUCUUAACAAUUCUGGUCAUACUGGGUUCUCUUGGUGGCACGGGUGUACUGUGGUGGCUAUAUGCAAAGCAAAGGAAGUCUCCCAAAGAGGCAGUUAUUCCUGAGCAGCUUCAGAUAGCUGAGGACAAUCUUCGGGCCCUCUUGAUCUAUGCCAUUUCAGCUACAGUGUUCACUGUUAUCUUGUUCCUGAUAAUGCUGGUCAUGCGCAAACGUGUUGCUCUCACCAUUGCCUUGUUCCACGUGGCUGGCAAGGUCUUCAUCCACCUGCCACUGCUUGUCUUCCAGCCUUUCUGGACCUUCUUUGCUCUUGUCUUGUUUUGGGCAUACUGGAUCAUGACACUUCUUUUUCUUGGCACUACCGGCAGUGCUGUUCAGAAUGAUGAAGGCUUUGUGGAGUUUAGAAUUUCUGGGCCCCUGCAAUACAUGUGGUGGUACCAUGUGAUUGGCCUGAUUUGGAUCAGCGAAUUUAUUCUAGCAUGUCAGCAGAUGACUGUGGCAGGAGCUGUGGUCACAUACUACUUUACUAGGGAUAAAAGAAAUUUGCCAUUUACACCUAUUUUGGCAUCAGUGAAUCGCCUUAUCCGUUAUCACCUUGGUACUGUGGCAAAAGGAUCUUUUAUUAUCACACUAGUCAAGAUUCCACGAAUGAUCCUUAUGUACAUACACAGUCAGCUCAAAGGAAAGGAAAAUGCUUGUGCACGAUGUGUGUUGAAAUCUUGCAUUUGUUGCCUUUGGUGUCUUGAAAAGUGCCUAAAUUAUUUAAAUCAGAAUGCAUACACAGCCACAGCUAUCAACAGCACCAACUUCUGCACCUCAGCAAAGGAUGCCUUUGUCAUCCUGGUGGAGAAUGCCCUGCGAGUGGCCGCCAUCAACACCGUGGGAGAUUUCAUGCUGUUCCUAGGCAAGGUGCUGAUAGUCUGCAGCACAGGUCUGGCUGGGAUUAUGCUGCUCAACUACCAGCAGGAUUACACAGUAUGGGUGCUGCCUCUGAUCAUCGUCUGCCUCUUUGCUUUCCUAGUCGCUCAUUGCUUCCUGUCCAUUUAUGAAAUGGUAGUGGAUGUAUUAUUCUUGUGUUUUGCCAUUGAUACAAAAUACAAUGAUGGGAGCCCUGGCAGAGAAUUCUAUAUGGAUAAAGUGUUGAUGGAAUUUGUGGAGAACAGUAGGAAAGCCCUGAAAGAAGCUGGUAAGGGAGGCGUCGCUGAUGCCAGAGAGCUAAAGCCGAUGGCUUCGGGAGCAAGUUCUGCUUGAACCUAGCCGACGGUUAUGGAACCCAUUGACAUUCCAAAACAAUAUAUACACAUAACUAUGUAUUUGUGUGUGUGGGUAUGUGUAUAUAUGUAUAUGUAUGUGUGUAUAUAUAUAUGUAUAUGUAUAUACACACACACACAUAAUCAGCCAAAAUCAGAGAAAAGGAACAGGGAUUUAAUACCUUUUUUAUGCUUAUUUUUGUCAAACAUGUACUCCUUUCAUACGGGUGGCUUUUACAAGGCAACUUCCGUCAUUUAAUGUUUUCGAUUGUAAUUGUCUUAAUGGAAAUGUUAGAUUCAUAUCUGAUUAACAUUUUUAAUAACUUAGAGAUUUUAACUUUAGUUACUUAGAUAAAGUUAUUAUGCCAAAUUCUUGUCCAAAAUUGUUUUCAGGGGUGAUUUCCCUGAUAUGUGUAUAACAUUGAGAUCUGAUUUUACAGAUGCAUAAGUCCUAGCGCAAGACUAGGCAUGUGCUUUCAGCUAAGUAAAGGAAUUACUUCCGUCAGUUUCCCCCAAUCAAAGAAGCCAUGUCAUUUUACUUUUAGAAACAUACAGUGGGCCCAUUAUGAGAAUUUUCAUAAUAGCUCAUAAUUUUCAUAAAAGCUCAUUUGUCAGCCAACAUUAAAAAGUAACCAACUCCUCAGGUAUUUGUAGUUUACCCUAAUGCUUCUAUAAAAGAAAGUAGAAAAAAAGAGAGAAAGGGGUAGAUAAUCUUUCUUAUGCAAACUUUUUUCUUAUAAUUUGUCUUUUUCUUUCUUUUCAUUUUAGUAGCAUCCUUCACACAUUUGUGUGCCUGAUUUGAAAGGAAGCUGGGGUACCAGCAAGUUUAGCUUUAAGUUUCUGUGUUGAUUUGCAGAUUAGGUAAUGCUAGGAGGAAUAAAAAAGGGAAGAAAGCAGAGCAUAAAGCGUGGUGCUUGGGCUCUUUGCUUCAAAAGAAUGGCAGUGGCUUAGGGUUAAACUGGCCAUUUUAUCCAAAUGCUUGCUAUAAAAUCUGAAAACAUACUGGCAGGUGCUCCUCUCCUUGGCAAUUCAUUGAGUAUCUAGAGUUCUACAAUGUUUAACUGAAGAAUUGGUUAGUGUUUUGAUCCUCAAGUAUGAAUGUUGUUUAUGUUUGGGAGUGGGUUGGGGUUUUUUGGUUUUUAUUAUUAUUAUUAUUGAAGCUUACCAGAUAUGAAUGGCUAAUAUUCCAUUGUUCUGCUUAUUGUAAUGGUGAAUGCUUUAAGAAAAAAAAAGUGUAAUUUGCUAAGAAUAAUUCAUGAUCUGUUUAUGCGAUAACUCCUUUUUGUUACAAUUUUUUUAAAAAAAGGCUAUUUUUGUUAAUGUAAAGUAAAUAUUUCAGAGCAAAUUUUUUAAACUUAUUGCACUAAAUACAGGCUCUGUACAAAAAAAAAAAGCCUCAGCAUUUUGUCAUUCCAUGGAAAGAGAAUCUUUUGAAAGAAAGCAUUGCCUCCAGCCAGAAUUAGACAGUGAAUUAGACUGGAAUCAUGGACGCACAUUCAAAUUCAUGUCACUAGGGCUUCAUAAGUAGCUGUUUGCUAUUGUGCUUCCUUUCAAAGGCUUGGACCUUUAAAUUGCUGCAAAAGGUAAACUGUAUUCUUUUUUAAGUAUCGGUGUUCUUUAUGCUAGCUAGGCUAAAAAAAUUGCUAAAUGCCUUGGUUUCUUUUCAAAGCUCAUAUAAUAUUUCUGAUUUUUUCAGAAUAUUUGCAAUAAGAAUCUGGAUUUAAAAAAUAACAACAGAAACACACACACACACACACAAUCUAAGAGUUCCUAUCUUAGCAAGAUCUGGGAAAACAACACAGUUGGUUUCAAAACUCCAUGAGCAGUUUUGAAAUAAUAAUUCUCCAGAAGUUAACAUCUAACACCUAGUACUGCCAAAUAGAUGUCACUGUACUGUGAUAUUAGUUGAAAUGGAAUGCGUCUAAUUGUAUGACUAACAACUGAGAGAGAAAAUCCAGGAUACACCAUGUGUUUUAUAGCUACACUGAUUUUUGGGUGUUCAAAAUCAUGAGGAACUAAAUUUUGAAUUGGUAAAAGUGUUGAAGAUGAGUACCAAAAUGAGAAGACAUUCCAGGAGCUAGCUAUUUUAGGAGGUGUCCCUCCACAGUGACCUGAUGAAGUCUUGAACUUGGGAAUUAGGUUCUGCUCACUCGGACAUCCCCACACCAUGGACCCUCGCUGCUCCCCGUCCCAUGUGCUUGCAAUCUCAGCUACGUGGAAGCCACCAGAAAUGCUUUCUAAUCAUCAUUUGCAACUAGAACUGUAAUCAGAAAGAAAUUUUGUAUUUUUGUAUAACUUGACUGUGUGCCAUUUUCUAUAACAGGUCCUGUUUUACAAAUAAAUUUUGUUUUACUAACAUUGUGUUUAGAAAUUAUGAUCUAUGUAUAACCAUGUCAUUUGAGUUUCAACUUAAUUUCCAAGCUACUUUUUCAUAAGUAAAUGUGUCUGCCACAUAGAUAUAUGAAGAUAUGCACAUAUAUCUCACAGCCACCUCACAGAGAGAUAUUUGAUAUAUGGAAUGUCACUCUCACAUGAGCUUUAUUAUUUCACUUGAUAAGAACCUCAUAGUGGCUUUUUAGCAACAUGUGAAUGUUUUCAGUUUUUGUUCUAAUCUUCCUGCUGCCUCUCUCAUUCAUUGCAAGUCAUUCUUCAACUAGCUAUGGGCUGCCUUACUGCUCUUCACUCGCUGCUUCUGUCUUCUACCCAAGUGAGAAGAAUAGAAUUAGCUGUGAGACAUGUGGAUACCUGAAUCGUUUUAUAAACCUGAAUAGUUUUAUAUAUUGUGCUUUUCAUCAUUUCCUGUGAUGAUUCUUCAAAACUACAUUUUGGAGUUCUGUCUUUAUAGUUAUAGCAAGGGUCCUCUUUUGUAAAUGGUAGUUGUGUCCAGAGUAUGGUUAUGAUUUCUGCCAUCAGAUAAUCAAUGCUCUGGUGCAUAAAGUAAGACUCUUAAGAUCCUGCCUCAAUAAUAAACUGUGCUUUAAUAUAAUAUAGAAGGCACAAGGUUACAUUUCAAUGUAAAUCCACAAGACACAUCUUCAGUGUGAAGCUUAAAAGUGCAAUAAUAAUAAAACACUAGCAAUUUAGCAAGGGCACUGAGAUUAUAUAAACCAUACAUGAAUAAGCAGGGCUCGAGGUAGAUUGUUCUUUAAACCAUUUAAUGCAGUGGUUAAUGUUUAUGAUUAAAGUUUUUUAUUUUGUCUUACAGAUAAUUAAGUCCUAACUCACUUUGACUUAGUCUACAUUGGUCUCCCAACUGUUUUCCAUAACAGUUAAAGAAGAGUCUAGUUUUUUUUUAAUUAUACUUAUCCCCACCCCACCCCCCACACACACAUACACACUUUUCAGUGAAAGGUAUCUGCUAAUUAAUUAUAACCUUUUCACAAUCCCACUGGCCUUGGUAUCUACCAAGAGCUCCCUUGCUUUCCAGUGCAGUUUCAGGAUUUUAUCCCAGUAGUGGCUAAUGAGGAGCUGACUCCUUUAUUCUGGUCUUGAGCUGCUUUCAACACUAGGAAUAAUACUUUACAUUUUUCUGGCUCAAAACAUCCACAACUGCACGAAUCAAAUAUCUACAAGGCCACACAGUGCCCAGAGGCUUCAAACAUUUUCACCAUGCAUAAUCAUUAGCUACUAAAGGCUGCAAGAAGUGUGUCCCCAUGAUGCCCCCCACACGUGCAAAGCAGCAUUUACGAUCAGCUCCAGGCAUGGGAUGAGUUCCAAAAGCAGAGUUAUUGGUUAUAGUGACUGAGAUAGUCUAGUCUAGUCUUAUUUGAAUCGAAGUUUGUAGUAGCCUAAGAAGUUUGCUUCAAAAAAGUCUAAAUUUACACUUUUUUAAAAUAAAUUCUGUGCUACUCUUCUAUGGCUGCUUUGGGAAAAAAAUUCUGAGAGGCUUAUCAGUGCAUCUGACACAGUUAAUUUAUGUGUUCUUUUCAUAGAUUCCAUCUGACAGAAGUGCUUGCCUAGAAUUGUUAAGAUAUGGUCUGUGAAUAUGUAUUGGAGAAUUGUAGGAUCAUAAGCAAAUGCAUAAGGCAGAGGUUUGAAUAUUGUGUAUUCGUAGCACAGAAUGCCUUUUGCUUUAACUGCGUAUUUGUGUAGCUCUGUGUACUAAAGAAUGUGUGUUAGCGCUUUUGAAAAGUAGGCACUGCGCAUAGAUAGCUUCUGCUUUUGCAUCUUUGUUUAGUGGUACAUAGCCCAAAUUGUGGAAAAGCAGGACUCUUGAGUGUAUCAAGGAAAAGAGAAGGGAAAAAAUAGAUCUAAAGCUAGCAAAUUUAAAACAUAAAAUGAAAUGUUGUAUAUACAUAUAAAUCUAGACUAGCACACGUUUCCCAUUCAAAUUUUAUGAAUUUGAGUCCAGUUCUUAUGUGCAUAUUUUAAGAGGACAGUAAUAAACCAGGAUUUGAGAAUAUCUUUUGUACUGAAAAUUUCAGUGCAGUUUUUAAAUUUGUGAAUUUCUGUGGAAAAACUUCCUUUUCUAUAGAAAUACUGCAGGGUCCAUUCUUCCUCUCCAUCUUGUUUUUUUUAUGUGUGUAAAAAUAAACAAUGAUUUAGUUUCAAUUCUGCAUGAACUAUUACUACUUUUAUAAAGUACUUAAAUAAGAUUUAAGUUGGAUAUUUUCUAAGGUAAUUCAUUAAGAACUUGUUUAAAAGGUAUGAAAUUGUUAAGGGACCCAAAUGUUAGUCUCUUUGUCAGUUUUGAUAUUCAGUAUUACAUCCUGCUGAAUGAUUUUUCUCUAGACCAGGAAGCUCAGAAAAAUAAAGCUUUUAUUAAUGGUCUAUGAUCAAGUUGCACAUGAAAACAUUGACUUGGAAAUAUUUCAAAUGUUUUCACUUUCAUUUGCUGAGAUCUUAGUUAAAUAUGUGAUAUUCAAAAGUAGAUUUAUUGGAAAGGUUGUAGGUCUCUUUGAACUUAUGAAAGCUUUGGACUGUCCUGCUCCUGAAUGUAAAUAGAACCUCUGAACAUCUGAAAUGCUAGGAGUGAUUGUGCCUCCACUAAAGAUCCUGUUAAAUGAUACUUACUAUCUCUGGCCUGGAAUCAUUUUCUAACUUAGGAGUUUGUGUAGUUUAUUACUAGGUUUGGAAAUAGACACCAUUAAUCCGAAUGAAUACCAAGAAGGCUGACAUUGAAUCUUUGUAAAAAAUACGAUUUCCAUUGAGGUGUGAGGGUAUAUGUGUCUUGGAGGAGUUUUUAGCAAGGUACCAAAUUAUUUUCAGUGGACUCCCCCCCAAAAAAAAUCCAAGAAGAAGUAAAUAUAGAAUUCUUAAUUACCAUCUACCAUGACACUUGUGUAGGCUUGAGGAUGUAGCUUAAGUGGUACUUGCUAAGUAAUCCUUAUACUGAAAGGAAAUUAAGAUAAUAAUUUGAUUGUAGUUCAAAUAUGACAUUAUAUGUAGCAUAGUGCUACCAAAUAUCACUCCUAAUAUCUGUCAACAUGACCAAAAAUAGUUAAACAGAACUUAGCAAACUAUAGUGAAAUACAUACUUGACAAAAGAAAUAAUGGAAAAUUGUAGGAGUAGAUGCUGGGAUUUGAAAUCCCAAAUGUCUCUUGCUUCCCUUCAUAAAUCAGGGACAUGUGCGGUAUCUUGGGGCUUUCCACUUACUAGAGCAGAGCAGCCUUGGCCCCUGUCAUUGGGGCCCUGCCUUUCCCCUUCACCCACCCCAUCUUCCUUCUUGAGGAAGCACUUUAUAGUUUCUUCACAUCUACAGCUUGUGAGUAGGUAAGGGUGCUGGCAUCUGCAUGUCAGCUCUCCCCCAAAUGCUCUUUGUGUCUUUG